AACUGUUACGUUUAAAUUCGUUGAUGUGUAGAACAAAUCUAGAAUAAAUAAUUUGCCUAUACAAAAUUCCCUCUGAAAUGACAUUCAGAGCGCACCACACUCGCUACCAUUGAAACACCCCUCACGCUAGUCCGACAAACAAUAAAUCCGACAACAGCUAUGCGAGAAACGCUGUCACAAACACCACCGCAGCGCAAGUGUCUGACGACUGGAAGGAAGAACGACGACCGUUUUCACUGACCAGCCCAUCAAUCAUUCGUUUCCAGCCGCCAUCGCGAAAGGUUAGCAAAAGAUCGCGAGUGAAAUCUUGCUCCUGGUUCGUAGUGCUAAGUGCGAAAACCGAGGGAAAAACCCCUGCAGUGAGAAAAACGUGGUUUCCCCAGCACAGAACGCUGUAGUGUCGGAAGAUUUCUCCGCUUCAGGGCACGAAAGCCGCCCAUCAAUCCCGGACGUCACACCACGAGGGAAAUACGACCGAGGAAGAUCCGGGUGAAACCGCAUGGUGAGCCAACACGGCGCGGGAGGCCAACGACUGUGCCCGGCAAAUCAAAAAUCAGUUUCGGACGUUCUACGACGUUCCGGACGUCGCACGACAGUUCCGGUGAGGUGCGCAAGCUUCCGCCUGGUCCAGGGACGAAGAACACGCUUCCGGGUGAGUUUCACAUUCUGCGGAGUGAAAGAGCGGCAGAGAACUAACCUCAAUCUCUUGCAAGUAGGCGAUUUUCUCCUGAGUCCACGACGUGCACGCAAACAGCGCGAUUGGCAUCGGCGAUUAGUAUCCGUGAAGAACACAAGCAGAAUCCAUUGGUGGCGCAAAAACCGGAUCGACAGCACGUGCAUCGAACGCAUCGUGGCCGACGGACCCGAGCACAACGGGGACGCAAGCGAGGGAGGCCUCACCUACGAUUCAGCAACCAAGGAUCGAUUGAAAAACCCCUGUAUAGGGUAAGAGACCGCAACCUAGACACAUGUGACCAAAAUCCUAAUCGAUUGCUCGAUAGGGUUUUUCUAUUUUUGCAGUUUUCAUUCCCAAGACGUGCUGGACGAGCGGAGCGCGGUCGCCAGAGGUGCUCAACCGCGACGGAACACGAACGGCGAAUCGUAAACGAACAUCUGAAGCAAAUUCCGAUUCAUGGGUCAGUUACCGUGGAACGGUGACUCGGAUAACCCCACGAUGAAGGGGGCUCGGUCGGAGCCAAUAGCGCGGCUCAAGAUAGCGUUGUCGACGGGUUUCGCAGCGAUGUUGUGGUAGCUUCGGUACCGUGAGUACCCUAAGUUAAGAUCAAAAUUGUAUGGGUAGAUAACAAAGCUAGCUAGUUAGGGAGAAUAGGGGAGAAGGGGACAAAAUGAGCCUCAAAUAUAUGUAAUUAAAACGUAACUUAUGAUUUGUGAUUUUCUUGUUGCGCUUUAGCCCUA